AUGAUUUUUGUGUGCAAUGUGAUUUGCAUUAUUAUAAUGGCUGCAAUACUUCCACAUAAUGUACUUUCAAAUAAUGAUAUUGAUCCUGACUACGGGAAACGAGUGAAAUUAAUGAAUAUGGAAUAUGGAGAAAUACUGUCGAUCCGUCAAGCCCAGAAAAUUAAGAUGACACAUAGAAUGACGGGCGGACUGCAAAAAGCGACAACUCGACUUUUCAGCACUAAAUGUACAACCGAUCGUCCUAUAAAAAAGAAAUCUGUUGAUAUUCAAGAAAAUGAAAGUGUAGAAAAUAAAGAAAAAUCUGUUGAUAUUCAAGAAAAUGAAAGUGAAGAAAAUAAAGACGAACCCGAACCUAAUAGUAUCGGAGAAAACGAAACGGGCGCCGACGAAUCGGAAAAGAAUAGUAUGGGAGAUAAUAAGGCGGAAACGAAUGAGGAAGAAAAAAACAGUAAAGUAGAAAGCGAGGCCGAAGUGGAAGAACCGGAAAACAAUAGUGUUGAAGAUGACAAGGCGGUGGCGGAUGAAACGGAAAACGACAGUAAAGCGACGACAGAAAAUGAAGCACGAGUGGAUGAACCGGAUAAUAACAGUGUAGCAGAAAACAAUGCUGAAGCGGCUGAAAGUUAUCAAGAACAAGGAGAUCGGAAUACGGAAAACGCGUAUAGUCCGCAACACGAUUUAAAUAAAGUACAACACACUAAGAAGAAAACUUAUGUGCCACCCAAGCCGAGAAAGAGUCCCGAUCAUUAUAUUGACGAUGCGUAA